CAGAUUGUGGCUUGGCAAUUAAGGGCUGCCCGGACGUCGCGAUGGGGUGAAAAUGGCAAGGGCAUGCGUGUUGCAUCUUUCAUUGACGGUCGCAUUGGUUCCGCCGGUUGCCAGGCUGUCCAGACAUGUUGUAUGUCCAGGGGCAGCAUAUGAUUACUACAUCCAGUGCUUGGGCUGCACGGCGGAGGAAGCUUGCAAGGCCGAACGAAGGUUGUUACCGAGUAUCGCAGAAAGCCUGACACGGACGCAAAUUGAUUGCUUGUGCGGUUGGCUACAGUCCUCGCUCGACCUGAGCGACGCGGAGCUGAAGAAGGUGGUGACAGUAAAUCCAACACUGCUGGGCUACAGCGUCGAAGCGAUGGCGUCGACGUUCGACUGGCUACAGGAUCGUCUUGGCUUGGACGCGACGCAGCUAAAGACGAUGGUUGUGCGGCACUCAAGACAGAUGGCGCGGAGCGUCGAGAGCAUGGAGUCGAACUGUGACUGGAUGCAGCGACGGCUCGACCUGGACGCGAAGCAGCUGAAGAAGUUGGUCAUGGGUCGCCCGUCAGUGCUGGGCUACAGCAUCGAUGCCAUGGUGUUAAGGCUCGAGUGGCUGCAAAGGCGCCUCGACCUUGAUGAUGCGCAACUAAAGAAGGUUUUUCUGCUGAAACCUGCACUGCUGACCUACAGCGUCGAGGACAACCUGGCGCCGACGCUCGACUGGCUACAGAUGCGCCUCGAUCUGGACGACGCGGGGCUGAGGAUGAUGGUACUACGGCUACCAGCAGUGCUGAGCUACAACAUCGAGGACAACUUGGCGCCAACGCUCGACUGGUUGCAAUCGCGCCUCAACCUGAAUAGAAUGGAGCUGAAGAAAAUGAUAGUAACUUUCCCAUCAUUAUUUGGCUACAGCGUCGAAGACAACGUGGAGCCAAAGUUGGACUUCUUUGAGCGAGACCUUGGUUUGUCCGUUUCGGACGUGCGCGCGAAGAUAAUAUCCGCCCCAUCUCGUUUGGGGCAAAGCCUAAAAAAACGGUACCGGCCACGUCUCGAAGUAUGCCGCGCUGCCGGGGCUGAUCCUGCGAUUGUCCUCAAUAGCGCCGCGUACACCGACGAAGAAUUCUGCAAGCGCGUCGGCGUCCCCCUCGAGGCCCUCCGCGCGGCCCAGGAGACCGUGUAAUGUGAUGUACUAGUCACGGCAUGAAUUCAAG